UCAACUCUCUCUCUCUCUCUAGCCUUUAUAUAAACCCUAUACGUACGUAUACUCUCCUCACACUCACAGAGUCAAAAACAAAACCAACAUGUCAAUAACCGACUCCGCUAAACAAUCAUCUCCGGUAGAGGAGGAGCAUCCUCGAACCAACAACAACAACAAGAAACGAGCUAGACCCGACCCGGUUUACCGAGGCGUCCGGAUGCGAGCGUGGGGCAAAUGGGUCUCCGAGAUCCGUGAGCCCCGCAAGAAGAGCAGGAUCUGGCUCGGCACUUUCUCCACGGCGGAGAUGGCGGCGCGUGCACACGACGCGGCUGCUCUCACCAUCAAAGGAACCUCCGCCGUCCUCAACUUCCCGGAGCUCGCCACUUACCUCCCCCGUCCAGCUUCCUCUUCUCCACGCGACGUUCAAGCCGCAGCCGCCGUGGCCGCCGCCAUGGACUUCUCCGAUCCAACCACCGUCGUCGUCGUCCCGGAGACGCACUUGUCUCCAUCGAUUAGCUACUCGACGUCUACGUCGAGCGAAGAAGCAGCGUCUUCAACGGCUGAAGAGCUGAGCGAGAUAGUGGAGUUGCCGAGUCUAGAGACGAGUUACGAUGAGCCGUGGAGCGAGUUCGUGUACGUUGACUCGGCGUAUCCACCUAGUUCGCCUUGGUAUUUUAAUAACUGUUACAGCUUUUAUUACCACAGCGACGAAAAUGGCACUUCGAUGUCUGAACCUUUUGAGUCUUCCAAUUUUGGCCCACUUUUUCCUUUAAUUUAA